GUGGAGUUUUUGCAUUAAAUUGCAUAAAGAGGCAGGUGAGGUCUCCUGCCAGUUCUGGGGGAUGAUUUUAGUGAGUGCUGCCCUUGUAGUUUGUAAUCUGUUUGGGCUGUUUUAUAUUUCAUUUGAGGUACAGUAAUGUCUUGGAGUGCUGUAGAGGGCAUUAAAGGCCACUUUUUUAAGAUUAGACUAGUUUUUUUUAUCUUGCUUAGUUCUUAGUUCUUUUUCUUGUAUUGUAGUUUUAAUUAAAAAAUAUUAUCAUCAUAGCUGAGCAGGUUAUGUAUUCUUUAAGUGUUCAAAGAUGUCUUAAUCAGUUCAUGCAAAACAAGUUUGUAAUUGCGAGACAGCCUUAAGGUUAGGUUUUAAAAGUUUGCUGCCGCAAGACAUACAUACAUAAUAAUGGGAGUUAUUAUUGGAAAUUUGUCUCUGUAUUUCUUUAGUUCUGAAGAUUAGAGAGUGAAGUUGGAUGAGGUCAAUCAGACUUUUGAGGAGGAAAUCCAAGAAGAGGUUAUUUAAGGAAGUGGGUGUGGCCUAAUUGAAUUUUCUUUGUCUGGGACCAUGCUUGUAAGUUUGCUUGCUUCUGCCAGGUGUUAAGGAAGGUAGAAUGGUUUUGUAGGUUAUGUAAGGGGGGUUGUUGUGUUGGUGUGGAGCAGUGAGGGUUGGCAAUAGAGGAGUGACUCUGGGACGACAGAGAUCACCGUUCAGCCUUCUGGAGGUGUCAUGGGACUAACUAAGGAAAAUACUGGCAAAAGAAGGUUCCCACUUGAAGACCCCUGAGACAUGACAGUUAUUGCUGCUCACAGGACGGGAGAAUGGCACCUCCAGUUUUUGUCCAACACAUGUUACGCUGUAUUUUUGUCGUGGCAUUUUUUGCCCUUAUCUUUUAUAUGUACUUCAAGCCAUCCUUCAACUGGUCAGAAAGCUUGUUACCAUCAAUAGCUUUCACAGAUAAGGUCAAUGAAGCCUUUGUCACUGGGAGUGUUAAAAAUGUAACGGUGCUGGUCUGGCUUUGGCCCUUUGGAAAACGCUCUAACCUGGCUAACUGCAGCGCUCUCUUAAACAUCGAGGGCUGUUUCAUCACAGCGGACAGAAACCUCUACAAUCAGUCGGAUGGGAUCCUCAUCCAUCACAGAGAUAUCUCCGGAGACCUAUCAAACCUGCCGAAACAACAGCGACCACAUUUCCAGAAGUGGGUAUGGUUUAACAUGGAGUCUCCAACGCAUUCAUGGAAAAAUCCUAGGCUGACAAAUUUGUUCAACCUGACUGCCAAUUAUCGCCGGGAUGCUGACGUUAAAACACCUUAUGGCUUUCUCCUAGCAGAAAAGGCUAAGGAGGAUUUUGUACCACCGAGCAAAGACAAGCUGGUCUGCUGGAUUGUGAGCAACUGGAACCCAAACCAUAAUAGGGUGAAAUACUAUAAUGAACUUAAAAAGCAUGUUGAAGUUCAUGUAUAUGGAAAUGCUUUCAAAGGGCGCAUUUCUGGUGCAGACUACUUACCCACCUUGGCCAGCUGUAAAUUUUAUUUGUCCUUCGAGAACUCGAUCCACAAGGAUUAUAUCACUGAGAAACUUUACAACCCGCUCUCUGUGGGCACAGUGCCGGUGGUUCUCGGCCCACCGAGGGAAAACUAUGAGAAUUUCAUUCCACAAGAUGCUUUUAUCCAUGUGGAUGACUUUCCUUCACCCAAAGAGCUAGCUGAUUACCUGCAGCAGCUGGACAAGAACAUGUCUAUGUACCACAGGUACUUUGAUUGGCGACGGCACUUUAAAGUAAAGGGGACUCGUUUCUUGAGCGAUCAUGCAUGCCUGGCCUGUGAUUACAUACGAAGACACACACAGUACCAGACAAUUGACGUUGACCAAUGGUUCUGGGGUUAAUAAAUCUUUGCAUACUUACACAUGGAAUGUCCAUCUCCUAAUGGAAUAAUGGGAGUGCCACAAGACUGUUUUAUAACUUUUAUUACUUUAUUUUUUAUUUGUCUAUGCAAGUAUACAGUAUAACCUCCAAUGGCUGCCUGAAUGUUUAAAGCGGACAUUUCAGAUUAUGUUAAAUAUAAAAGUGAGAAUUACUCAGGCUGAUGGCAUCAUGUUUUGGAGCGAAAACCAUUUAAAUAUAUUUAUUUUUUGUGUGACUUGUCUGGAAUUCACUGGUUUGUAUUGCAGAAGUGUUCUUUUGGUUUACAGUGUACUUCUGUAAACAAGUUCAAUAUCACACUAAAAACAUAUCUGUGGAUCUCAUAUCACAUUUAGAUAUCUGAAGAGAAGCUUGUUAACCUGUGGAUUUAAAAAUCAUCAUACCAUUCUUGACCAAACUGUCUGAAAUGAAUCCGUGUCUACUCUUGACUCCCUCCGGAAUGACUGAACUUCUGAACAAGUCAGAGUUCGCUGUCGAAACUUAUUUUGACAUUUUGUAUUUACAAUCUCUCAGGUUUCAGAUGCAACCCACACUUCAUCAGAAUCGAAAUCAGAUUCCAAGUACAUAAACGCACAAGGAUCUUGACUCUGGUUUUUCUUAGCUCACAAUGAACAUAAAUAAACAUAACAAACAUUCAACUUUAAAAAACAGAACAAAAAAACAUGUUUUUUUUUUUCGAUUUUUUUGGGCUCUAGUGGCCCUUUAUUGAAGAUGCAGACUAGAAAGGGGUAGAGAGAGAGAAUGGGGACGACACGCAGCAAAGGUGUGCAGGGAUUCGAACCUGCUGCCGCUGCAAGAGGACUGUAGCCUCAGUAUAUGAGCCGCUGCUUAACCCACUGCGCCACCUGCGGCCCCAAAAAAACAAUAUGUUAAACAAAGGUAUAAAAGUAAGUAAGUGAGGUAAGUAUAUAAAUGUUAUAUUAUUUACAAUGAGGAUAAACUGUUAAAUGAUGUACAGACAGGAUAAUGAGCAUACCUAGGAUGAUGGGGCAUAAGACGUAUAAAAGGAACGAUUGGUUUUGGAGUCAGGGGGUUCAUCAGUGUGACGGCCUGGAGGAAGAAAUCAUUUUUGUGUCUGGAUGGUUUCAGAAGUGAAGGUAUGAAUGUAGAUCAACCGGUUAACAGAGGUUAACAGAGAGCCCUCCCUUUCAGCUCUAUGAGGUUGAUCCUGCAAUCUAUCCUGUUUAUCAGGAUAGACAGGAUAUCUGAUAAAAGUUAACAUCAGUGGGUGAUCAGCCGACAGGUCCACCCCUCUGUUCACACAAAAAGACCUAUACAGUCCUAGGGUGGCCUGCUUGUUGACAAAUGAACAUUAGAUGGAACUACCUUUAAACCUUUCUAUUAAAAAACAUCAAAUCUUUUUUUUUUUUUGUCUGCAUAUUUAUUAAUGGUUAAUAUCAAGUUUGGUAAAACCUAAAGCAUAUAUAUGCAUAUAUAAUCUAAUCUACAGUGGGGAACCUUCAGGGCCUUCUACGCCUUCAGAAAAGGCCUAAAAAAAAAAGAAAUAAUAAAUGUAAUAAUAUGAUAAUAAUAAAGUAUUCAAUAAAAAAAAUCUAUCUCAUUUAAUUUAAUACAAUAUAUUUAACAGAUUUUCUCUCAUCCAUGUUCUAAAAUUAAGUUUACUGUCAAGUUCAUGUCCUGAAAACCUGUUAUCCCAUCAGAAUGGUCUGUCUCUAUUAGGGCCCGGUUAGCUGCUCAUUCAUUGGUCAGGACUUCACAAAUUCCAAGGAAGGCCAAGCUAUGUGUUUUGAUGUGGAGAGUGACGGGCAAAUCCAUCAAUCACGGUUUGAUUUCAAGUGGGCGGGAAUAAAACAUCGUAGGCCUUCAUGAAGUCCCAACAUCAAAUCUCUGCAGUGGUGAUAGCCGUUGAGAGAGUUAAAUGGCAGAAGAUGAGAGUGACGUUGUGGCAGCGUCACGGGGUGACAUUCUGGGUGACCUAAUUCUAUAUUUCCAGAUUUCGGCUUUAGAGUAUGUUUAUUUAAUUUCAACUAUGCAGCCUAAAUGGUCUUCAGUUUUGCAAAGUUAAUGUUGAGAAUGUUAUUGAGGUUAUGGUCUAUUUGUUUACGUUCUUGUCAUUGUUAUUUUAUUGUAAAUCAUUGUGAUUUGAGUUUGAUUUAAUUGUUAAUUAAAUUUGCACUUGUUAAA